AUGGCAAAUAAUAAUAUUGAAUUUGAGGAUUGGUAUUCAAUUUUAAAUGUUGAACAAGAUGCAACGACAACACAAAUUCAAAAUGCAUAUAGAAAGUUAGCAAGGAAAUACCAUCCAGAUAAAAACAAAUCACAAGAGGCAGUGAUAAUGUUUGAAAAAAUCUCUAUUGCCAAUACUACAUUAUGUGAUGAAAAUAAACGUAUAAUUUUCGAUUCACAAUUAUUAGCUAAAAAAGAAAAGAAACGAAAAGAACAAGAAAUGGAUAACGUUAGAAGGAAAAUGAAACAAGAUCUAUUUGAAAGAGAAAACCAAUUUAAAAAGAGAAGAGAGAAUGAUACAAAUUCAAAAAGGAAUGUUGAAAUGGAAAAUGAACAAUAUAGACAAAAUUAUAUAAAUGAAUUAAAGAGACAAUCACAACAACAACAACAACAGCAACAAUAUACAAGUGACGAAUAUUCUCAAGAAAGUUUAGUAAUUAAAUUAAAAUGGAAGAGUAGGUUAGCAUAUACAAAAGAUCAAAUUAUUGAUAUACUAUCUAGUUAUGGUACUGUUGAUACCUUUACAAUGGUUGAUAAUUCUACAUCAUCCUAUACGAUUGCUUUAGCAACCUUUACACAAUUAGAAUCUUUAUAUCAAAUUAUAGUAAGAAAAGAAGAUUUAAAAAUGAAUUUUAAUAUAAAAAUUGAAAGAUUAAAAGGAACGACUACUGAUAGUAAUGGUGGUAAUUCUAGAAGUACCACCACUACCACCACUACAACCACCACUACCACAACUACUUCAUCAUCAUCAUCAUCGACAAAUUCAAACUUUAAUACAACAACAACCACAAAAACAUCAUGUAACAAUAUUUUAAUAGAUGAAGAUGAAGAAGAUGAUAUUUUAUCAAAAAUGAAGAAUUUUAAAAAAAAUAUUUGA